UCAUCACAGAGCUGCAGGUCCUAGCAGAACAUGGUAGGACAUUAGAAAAAUCUGCUGCUGCUCAUUUGUUCCUGGCAACUUCUCUGAGUAUAUACAACUUUCCCGGUGAAGACUCAUCUCACAAACGAGAACCACUGCUUUGUGACCCUUUGUCCUUUUUCUCCCACUGUGAGACUAAGGUACCUUCCAAGAUGUUUCACUUGCAAGGUCAACAGAAGUUGCUGCUGUUAGAAAAAUCCUUGAGGAGCUGCCUCCCUGAGUCCUUAAAGGUUUAUGGGACUGUCUUCCACAUGAUCCAAGGAAACCCCUUCAAGCUAAAGGCCUUGGUGGACAAAUGGCCUGAUUUUAACACAGUGGUUAUCCGCCCUCCUGAGCAGGAGAUGACGGAUGACCUUGAUCACUAUACCAAUACUUACUUAAUCUAUUCCAAGAACCCCCAAAAAUGUCAGGAAUUCCUUAGCUUGCCAGAAGUCAUCAACUGGAAACAACAUUUGCAGAUUCAGAGUUCACAGUCCAGCUUGAAUAAGGUGAUAGAAGAUCUCGUAGCUAUUAAUUUGGGCAAGGUCAAGCAAACCCAAUGCUUUCUCUACAUGGUAAAGGAGACAGCAAAGAAGUUAAAACCUUCCUUGUUAGAUGCAAAGAACUUAAUACUGAGCAGUGGCAAACCUAAGUGCCUCAACCAAGAGAUGUUUAAAUUCUCAUCCCUGGAUGUUACCCACGCUGCCUUGGUGAAUAAAUUCUGGCAUUUUGGGGGCAAUGAGAGAAGCCAGAGAUUCAUCCGGCGCUGCAUCCAGACCUUCCCCAGUUUCUGUCUGCUGGGGCCAGAAGGGACUCCUGUGUCUUGGACCCUGAUGGACCAGACUGGAGAGAUGCGGAUGGCAGAAUGGCAAGCCAUCUUGUCAAGCAAGCUUCUGCUGAGUCCCUUUGUCAUGAAAAUUAUCUUUGAGAGGACGUUUCACAAAGUAACCUAAAGUUUAUGACCAUAACAAGUACCUUACUUGUUCACUUUAAGAUUGGUCUUUUGACACAGCUAAGUUGCACAGGCCAUAGCAUACUGUAGUGCAGUGCUGGAGAUGACUACCUGUGGGUCAGAUCACCAGCACAGUCAAUCUGAAAUACAGCGGGUGUUCCAGUGUGUGUUCCAGAUCCUGACAAGCUGGAGGACUGGAAGAACAAGAUUGCAGCAUGGCCAGACCCUACCAAGGGUGCUUCUCUUGCUUUCUAUCACACAAAUGUACUUUCACUAAUAAAAGUAAACUUUAGGGGAAAAAAAUUGCCUGUCUCAGCAGGCCAAUAUUCCCUGCUACAGGAACUGAAUGCUUGAAGAAUUCAAAGUAAAAUGUCAACUGUAGUUAACCCUCCCACUUCCACAUCAGAGAAACUCUCACACUGUCAGAUGGACGGACAAUAAGCCACACCCCAAGAACAUACAUGGCCCUCUGAGGGAGCAGAGCAAACUGUCUUAACAAUCAUGUGUUUAUAAACCAUCUGGUGUAGAAAGACCAGGUACAAUAGCAAGUCACUCAAGGCUGGAAGGCUAUGCAGCAGAGACCCUUGGCUCAUCCCCUCCCCUGCUUGCCUUGAACUCUCAGUUGUGUUGGCUGGGACUCUAAGAAGACCUUAUGCCCCUCCCUGCCCCAUUGGGACAUCAGUUACAGUGAAGGCCCUUGCCAUAUGGCAGACUUCUCGAGGCUGGAAGACUGUGCUGCAGAGACCCUUGGCUCAUCCCCUCCCCUACUCCCCUUUGAACUCUCAGGUGUGUUGAUUAGGACUCUGAGAAGACCUUGUGCCCCUCCUCCCCCCCCCCCCCCCCCCCCCACUGGAACAUCUGUUCCAGUACAGGGAGAAAGAGCUGCUUAACCCCUGCUACAUGCCUCAUAAUUCUAAGAUUUCAACAUUUUAUAAAGCACCCAACACACAAUGCAAGCCAUGUGAUUCCCUCCUAUCUUCCUCAACUAAAAAUCAGCAGCUUAGCCCCAGCACACCUGUUCUCUAGAAACUGGGAGGACUUUGAAUCAUCUAAAACCAAUGACAACAGUACAAGUUGCUGAUGAGCAUUAGGAGGGAGAACAGUAGAGAGAUCACCAAUAAUCUACUCCUAUAAGCCUUUGAAUGCUCAGAAUUAACUCAAAGAAUUUAUGAAGGAACAUGUAAAUCACCAGAGGACUAGAAACCAUUGCAGAGGCACAAGAAAUAUAAGCAACCAAGAAAUUAUCUCUCCCCAAGGAAAAACAUCAAUUCCUCAUCAUCCACAGACAACACAAU